AUGGCCUAUUGCUUGCGUUUUAUCGACAAUAUACGAAAGGGCGUGAGCGAGAGGCGUUUCGGUUCAUUAUCAGUUGAUGAACUAAACGAAUCAUUGCUCACACUCGUUAAAAUAGUUCAAAUUACACAUUUUGCACCCGAAAUCAAUAGUUUAGAACGCGAAAAUGCGGUGCGAUCUAGCAGCAAAAUCUUAUCGUUAAAUCCAUUCUUAGAUGAGUACCGCAUUUUACGAGUGGGUGGUCGAUUAAAAAACUCUAAAUUGCAGUACGAGCACAAGCACCCUAUGCUGCUACCAAACAAGCAUGUGUUCACCCAGAUGCUCAUAACAUAUGAACACGAAAAACAGAUGCAUGCGGGAUUAACGAGUACGUUAGCCGCGAUUAGAACGCGUUUUUGGAUUUUAAAUGCUCGGAGCACAGUGAGGAAAAUAAUCUUCCGUUGCAUGAUCUGCUUCCGGACAGCCCCUAAGGGUGAAAGUUAUCAAAUGGGAAACCUACCCGAAUCUCGUGUGAACGCGGACAGGCCAUUCACAGUGGUCGGAAUAGAUUACGCGGGACCGUUUCUGGUUAAAGAUGGCAAAUUACUAAAUCGAAAAUUGGUCAAAUGUUAUUUGUGUAUAUUUGUUUGUUUUUCAACAAGAGCCGUACAUCUGGAAGUCGUGGGCGACUUAACAAGCGAUUCGUUUCUAAAUUCACUCAAGCGAUUUGUUUCAAGGCGUGGAAUAUGUAAGCAUAUUUACUCUGAUAAUGCCACUAAUUUUGUUGGUGCGAAGAAUGAGCUCGGCGAAGUUUUCAAUUUGUUAAAUCAAAUAGAUAGAGAUAGUAAAUUCGUAAAUUUUUUAAGUCAAAACCUGAUACAGUGGCACUUUAUUUCACCGCGUGCUCUCAAUUUUGGAGGUCUCUGGGAGGCGGCAGUGAAGAGCGCUAAGUAUCACAUUAAAAGAAUAGUAGGCGAAGCGCAUUUAACGUUUGAAGAUUUGUAUACGGUGAUCACUCAAAUCGAGGCUAUCAUGAAUUCUCGGCCGUUGAUGCCAAUGUCCAAUGAUCCCAAUGAUAUGGAUAUUCUAACACCGGGGCAUUUCCUAAUUGGUGAGCAACUCACGUCAGUACCACAAUCGUCCGUCGUAGAGUUGCCCACGAAUCGAAUGAAUCAAUAUCAGCGAUUACAACAGAUGGUACAACAUUUUUGGUCACGUUGGACCAGCGAAUACUUGUCACAUUUGCAACAACGUUCCAAAUGGAUGAAGGACGUUCCCUCAAAAGUCAAAGUGGGUAGCAUGGUACUCCUGAAGGAAGACAACACACCACCACUGCAGUGGAAGCUGGGGCGUAUUACGGAACUGCAUCCAGGAGCAGAUGGCGUACCUCGCGUAAUUAGUGUUAAAACCUUUACCGGAAUCUUAAAGCGAACAAUAGGAAAGAUAUGUAUAUUGCCCAUUGAGGAAUCAAUGUAA